GUGCGGUCGCUAUGACAACAUAUGCAUGGGCCUCUGUCACGACAGUAACUACCACGGAGUGAACUGCUCCGAUCCAUGUCCCGUCGGCUGUGAAGGGUGUGAGAAGGACACUGGACUGUGUAUCGGUUGUGCCCAGAGCUUCAGUAGGACAUAUUGUGAUGAAAUGUGCUCUCCGUGUUCACAGGACACGUGCCACAGAGAACCUUGUCAAAAACGUUCACCUGAACACACUUUGGUUAUUUCUUUUGGGGCUCUAGCAGGACUCCUAUGCUGCACUGUUCUAGCCAUGAUCAUCAUAUUUCGGAUAUAUGUGAAGAGGAGAAACACAGAUACUCCUUUCUUCAGGAACAUUUCAAGAACAAUCAACAGCACCAAUGCUACGUACAGUGAGAUAGAUGACAGUUCAGUUUCACCAUCACGGUCAACGAGACCUGCUUUACCUCUGAAAGAAAUCCCCAAGAAAAGGAGGGCUGUCUUGGAUGCAUCGGCGCUUCCCGAGAUGGAGAGUGUUUCUUGCUGUGAGUCGAUCCAGAAUGAAUGUGAUGCUGAUGUAGCCAUGUCUGAACAAAUCCAUCACCUGACUGAAAAGACUGAUUCAAUAAUCUUUAUUGAAGAAAACUGUGAUUUGUCAAAUGUCAAUGUAAGAUAUCUUACAACGGACACACAAACAUAACCCAGGAUGUGAAUGAAACGUUUGAGGAGUGAGCGUUUUUUGAGAAAUGAACUCUUUACUUAUCUUCAUAAACAUGAAGCUUGAACAUCAGUUUGUCACAAUGCCUGGUCUGAUGCAACUGUUCGUCACAAAACAAAACAAAUCCAACUUAAAUUAGGGCCAUCCUUAUUUCAAGUGUACAUGAAUAAUGUAACAACUUUCAAAACUAUCUGUAUCACUUGAUGCUUCGCCUAUGAUACAUUGAUUGGAACUUCAACAACUGAUACGGCUGAAAUUGUUCACAUAUAUAAUUCUAUGAGUUUACCUUAAAAUUGUUCAAUUGAACUAUUUUUCGAAAGACAUUACAACAUAAAAUAGUUUUGCAAACAUCAGUCGGGAUUCACUGACCGAAGGUUGUCACCAAAUUUGUUACUCGCCAUGUUAACAAGCACUUUUGUGGGACAUUUUGUGACAUUGCAAACACAUGCGACAUGUCAUAACAUAAAGGCACACUGGAAAAUCUCAUAAAAUAGAGUAUGGCACAAAGGUGCAUUGGAUAGGUAUGACAUAAAGAUGCAUUGGAUAAGGUUAUGCCACAGGGUACGGCAUAAAGGUACAUUGGAUAAGGUUAUACCACAGGGUAUGACAUAGAGGUACAUUGGAUAAGGUUAUGCAACAGGGUAUGACAUAGAGGUACAUUGGAUAAGGUUAUACCACAGGGUAUGACAUAAAGGUACAUU